UAUACCGUCCCACGAUUUCGGGGUUAAAAUGGAUAUGGGCGGAUAGAGGAGAAUCUCCAGAUCACGAAUAUAUAUAAUUAUUGCCGCCGCAAACUUAUAGUUUCUGAGUUAUUUGCAAUUUAAGAUUUAAAAUUAAUAAUUUUUAACUCGUUAUUUCUCUCUGUAUAUUGAAUUUUCCACAUAUAUUUUGCACUUUAAAUAUAUUUACACUUCACACAUUUGUUUAUAAAUAUUUAUUUUUAACUAAUUAUAUUAAAAUAUGCUGUAAAUAAGCAUUUUACUUUUUGCACAAUUUUGUUUAUUUUUACAAUAAAAAAGGGUUGCAUUCUGACACAAAAUAGGUGUUACCAUAUCACAUAUUUUGUAAACGAAUUAUAAGAAUCACAAUAAUGAAAAAGAAAGAUUAUACCCCAAAUACAAUAAACAUAAUGCAUGUAAUGUGUAAUGUAAAUUAUUUUAUUAUUUCCCAUAUUUUGAUAAUAUCCGGUGUUGGUUCGACCAGUGUUAUUUUUUUGAAGCGCGGCCAAAGGCCGCCAGUGCAGAAAGUAGUUGUACGCGAAAAAACUUUCCAUUUCCCUCUCUUUGAUAACUCCCGGUGUUGGCUCGACCAGGGUUAUUUUUUUGAAGCGCGGCCGAAGGCCGCCAGUGCAGAAAGUAGUUGUACGCGAAAAAACUUUCCAUUUCCCUCUCUUUGAUAACUCCCGGUGUUGGCUCGACCAGGGUUAUUUUUUUGAAGCGCGGCCGAAGGCCGCCAGUGCAGAAAGUAGUUGUACGCGAAAAAACUUUCCAUUUCCCUCUCUUUGAUAACUCCCGGUGUUGGCUCGACCAGGGUUAUUUUUUUGAAGCGCGGCCGAAGGCCGCCUCUGCAGAAAGUAGUUCUACGCGGAAGAACUUGUUAUUCCACCUCUUUGAUAACUCCCGGUGUUGGCUCGACCAGGGUUAUUUUUUUGAAGCGCGGCCGAAGGCCGCCUCUGCAGAAAGUAGUUCUACGCGGAAGAACUUGUUAUUCCACCUCUUUGAUAACUCCCGGUAUUGGCUCGACCAGGGUUAUUUUUUUGAAGCGCGGCCGAAGGCCGCCUCUGCAGAAAGUAGUUCUACGCGGAAGAACUUGUUAUUCCACCUCUUUGAUAAUCCCCGGUGUUGGCUCGACCAGGGUUAUUUUUUUGAAGAAAAGUAGUUUUAACCAAAAAAGUAUUAUUGUCAUAAAGGGUAUAUCUCUCUCUCUUUAUUAAUUCAUUUUCUUUAACGGAAAAUGGUUACAGUUACUUUGAAAAAAAAAAUACCGUUUCUUUUUUUCGGUUGUGCUAAUAAUUUCGUAUUUGGUAAUUCAAAGUGAACUAUUGAAAGUGAAAGCAAGUGAUUGUGAUUUAUUUAUUAAAAUUUGUUUUCUAUUAAUUUUUGGAAAAAAUGAACGCAAAUUCAGCAGGUAUUUUGUUAUAGAUUUAAAAUUAUUAAAAUUAUUAAAGAAUUUUCUAUAGAAGAGCAAUCCACCAGCCGAGGUGUUAGGAGGACUAACGUACUCACUGCGGCUGAAAUUCGAAAUAUGUGGAAUAUCGGCAGGAUUAUUGAAACAUUUAAUACAAAAGAAAAAUGUAUUUCUUUUGCCGAAAGCGAGGGAUUAAUUCCCACAAGGAAAUUGUGCCGGACACAUAAGCAGCCAAUGGUGGUGUCAAACGCCGGCGAUACCGCAGUAGGCACAUUCCGGUGCCGGAAAGGAGCGUGUCGCAACCGUUCUGCCAUUUCCAGGGCUAAAGGCACCUGGUUUGACAAUGCCAAAAUCCCGCUACCACAAAUUUUUUAUUUAAUGUAUGCGUAUGCAUCACAUUGGUCGCAUGAAGAGGUGCGAAAAAAUAGCUUCACCAGGGAGCCAGUUUUAUCCAGCGCUACCAUUUGCGAUUGGUUCAAUUACUGUCGUGAGGCGGUAGUUAUACACCAAAUAGACCAGCAGGUAGCGGUGGGUAAAAUUGGCGGCCCUGGUAAAGUUGUACAGAUUGACGAGAGUAAAUUUGGAAAAAGAAAAUAUAACAAAGGUAGAAGAGUAGAAGGCCACUGGGUGUUGGGUAUGGUGGAAGAUGGAAGUGACGAUCUCCGUCUGGAAGUUUGUCCGGAGAAUGUCCGAUCCGCGGAGGUGCUCAUACCGUUAAUACGGAAACAUGUGGCCCAGGGUACAACAAUACACACAGAUUGUUGGAAGGCGUACGACUGCCUAUCUGGUCACGGGUAUGAGCACCGACGCGUUAACCACAGUGACCCGGACAAUCCUUUUGUGGCAAAGGAUGGAACCCACACCCAAAGGAUAGAAUCCCAGUGGCGCGUAAUAAAGAGAUUUUUUGUGCGGGACAAUUACAACAAUCCCGAAAACUUUACCGAUUUUAUUAUGGAGUAUACAUGGAGGAAAAAUAUUGCGAACAACCAUGAUGAUCCAUUUUUAAAGUUGCUUGAAACAAUAAAAUACACGUAUAAAUUUUGAAACCUUGGUAUUUUUUUGUAGUUAGAAUGUUUACUUAAUAACUAUUUAUUGGGUAUUUGUUUUCUUCAUUUUGAUUAUUUUUAAUCGAUGCAUGUGGCAACACUUAUGUUCUGUCAUCUUGCAACCGUUUUGUUAUUUUACAAAUAAACAGAAUUCUGCAUAAAAUUAAAUGUUUAUUUACAGCAAAUUUUGAUAUAAUUUGUUAAAAAUAAAUAUGUAGAAACAAAUUAAUGAAGUGUAAAUAUAUUUAAAGUGCAAAAUAUAUGUGAACAAUUCAAUAUACAGUGAGAAAUAACGUGUUGAAAAUUGUUAAUAAUAAAACUUAAAUUGCAAAUAACUCAGAAACUAUAAGUUUGCGGCGGCAAUAAUUAUAUAUAUUCGUGAUCUGGAGAUCCCCCUCUAUCCGCCCAUAUCUAUUUUAACCCCGAAAUCGUGGGACGGUAUACUAAAGU